UUGGAUCUGUUAAAAAUACAAGAACAGUCGCGUGAAUUGUCAAGUUUUGGCUCUUCAAGCCACCCUAGCGGCAUUAGCAUGGCGAAAGUGACCUCACAAGCGAUGGACAUUGGUGGCCAGAUCACACCUCUAGGAUCACCUAUCAAUUCGUAUGUAGAAAUUUCCACAGAUCAGCCAAGCGGUAUGACCGGAAAGGUUGAACAUGGAACUGAAUCUUCAGCCCCUCCUAUUGAAGCUCUCCCUCCUAUUAACUGGCUUCCCGGAGAAGUUGUAGCCGACACGGCAGCUUUCGUGGGAUGUCAUUUGGUUCAAACCAACUUUCGGCUUUGUAUUUUUUCGAAAGCUGAUCAAUCAGUCGCCGUUAUUCCUUUGAUGAACAUUGAAUGUUUGGAUUUGAGAGAUUUAAUUAAUGUUAGCAUCAGUUGUAAAGAUGGAAGAGUUUACAGAAUAACUGCCCCCAGCUAUGAGUUGGCAAUGACAUGGCAUCGAAAACUUUUAAAAUGCUCUAAUCGUUCUAAAACUGAAGAUGCUUUUGCUUGGACAUUUGCCGAAUUUUGUACAAAAGACAAUUGUGAUUGGCUUGCCGAUGAAAACGGCAUCGAUUCGGAUCUAUGUCAAGCCGAGUGGAAACGCUUAGAUUAUGAUCCUGAUCACUUCACUAUCAGUGACAUUAACAAGAACUUUGAUUUUGUUGAAACAUAUCCAAGUCGGCUCGUUCUUCUCAAAAAUAUCAAAGACGAAGAGAUUAGGGAAGCCGCUGAUUUCCGCUUCCUUAAAAGAUUCCCUGUCGUUGUUUGGAAGAGUAAAGAAACUAAAGCAAUAUUAUUGCGAAGCAGUCAGCCCAGAGCUGGAAUCCUUUCUUGGCGUAAUAAUAAGGAUGAGAAAUAUUUGAAGUUAAUAAGUGAAUAUAUGGCCGCUUACCAUAAGGAAAACGCUCCACGAACAAUCAUAAUGGACGCGAGAUCUUAUGCUGCUGCCUUUGCUAACCGUGCUAAGGGGGGUGGAUAUGAAAUCACAGAUUACUACCCGGGUACGGAAACACUGUUCCUUGGUUUACCCAACAUUCAUCAUGUGAGAUAUGCUUUCAUACAACUUAGAAAUUUGUACUCGACACCUGGAGGAAAUGACCCUAACACAUACUUCCAGAAUCUUCAAACGACGAGUUGGCUUCAAUAUACUAGGCAACUGCUUUUGGCCGGAUGCCAAUGCGCAGAUGUUUUACAAAAUGGAAAUUCGGUGUUAGUACAUUGCUCAGAUGGUUGGGAUAGAACAAGCCAGAUAGUAUCUUUAGCAAAGCUAAUGGUUGAUGAUUAUUACAAAACGAUUAAGGGCUUUUGCGAAUUAAUCACCCGCGAAUGGAUUGAGUUUGGACACAAAUUCUCAGAUAGAAAUGGAGUUUCUGGAAACGAUGCUAAUGAACGAUCUCCUAUAUUUUUGCAAUGGAUUGAUGCUGUUUGGCAGUUAUUCUCAGCGAAUGAGACAUCUUUCGAAUUUAAUGAAAACUUUUUGCUGAAGUUAGCUCAACACUCGUAUUCCGGCUUAUUUGGAAACUUCUUAUUCAAUUCAUCUAGAGAUUCCAAUAACAUGAAGAAGAAUUCAAUUUCUAUAUGGCGUUUCUUAUGUCUUCAGAAUGAGAGUGUUGUGAAUCAUCUCUACAAACCUGGAGCCCCGUUAGAAUUAGAUUUUAGUAUCGAUCGCAUUAAAGUGUGGAAAACAUGCUAUUGUAAUGCUGAUUUUCUGAAUCUAUCGGAGAAUACCGCAAUUGCAUCACCUGUACGACAAGAUUUCAUUUCUUCUUCUCCGAAGGACAACAUCAGCAUUCAAAAGAGCAAAAGUUCAGAAAGUUUAAAUUCAAUUGAACAAAGUUCAAUGGGAGGUUUUCAUACUGAAUCUAAUAUUAUGAACGGAAUAGGAGAACAUGCCCUAGACACGAGUGUUAUCUCUGAAUCAACUGUACCAGUUCGUCAGGGCUCUCGACAUCGUUCUCAAAAGGAGAAAGAUCCUAAUAAAGUCAAGGAACUUAUUGAUUCUGAUGGUCUCGUUCGUUUUUUUGAUAAAAUUCAAAUACGAGUGCUGGAAAAAGACAAGGAGCAUAAAGCGGAAAUAUCAAAAGCCCAGGUGGAGGCUGAUCUCUUGAAGCAAAAACUGGAAGACGUUCAAAACUCAAGUAUUCCUGAGUGUGCCAAUCGCCAGCGGUAUGCCUCCGAAGGAAUUCAUGACAACAAGCGAAACAGUUGUGGCCGAGUGUAUUCAACAAGUGAAGAAUCUGAACAAGCUUUGUCACAUGCCUAUUCGGAUAUUUCUAUUAUCGAGUCUUCUGAAGCUCUACCCCCUCUAACAACUGGGUAUUCUAUGGAAAGUGAUCGUUGCGAAAUUUGCAAGAAAUCAUUCUCAAAGUUUAGUAUCUCAGAUGCCAGGCGACAUCACUGUCGAAAUUGUUGGAAGACAGUAUGUGAGACUUGCUCUCCUAAUUUAUUUCAUGUAGUUAACAAUGGCCAUGGAGUCAAGGAAAGAGUUUGCAACAUAUGUUACAUCAACAUGGAAGUCGCUAUACCUGAAGGCAUUGACUCCCUGGCUGAUGAUGUUUCUACAUGCUCCGAUAGCACAACAACUAACAUGAAAACCUCCACCUGUUCUGUGGGCAACGGAUCAUCAACAGCUAACACCUCGUCUGGAAGUUCAUCAUCCUCAUCGUCAUCAAAUGAGAAUCGUCAUCGGUCUGACACCUUUGUAAAUGGUUUUCGCAAUGGAGGCUUAGCCACAACACCAGCCGUGAAAGGCUGA